GCCAUUCGAGACCUAAGAUGGCGGACCGGCGGCGAAGGAGGAAGCGCGCGUCCCAGGACAGCGACGACGACGACGAGUCCGGUUCGGGUUCGGACAGCGGGAGGUCAGGGUCUCCUGCCACUAAGAACCGAGGAAAAGAACCCGAACCGCCGGAGCCGACAGUGACACGGGUGGAGGUGAAGAGCGACGCGGAGUCCGAGUGUGAGAGUGAAGAUGGAGUAGGAGAAGCUGUCCUCUCCGACUACGACAGCGCCGAUCCGGAGGAUAACGGCUCCCAUUCAGAGGGAGUGGAGGAGGAAGAGGAGGCUGAACGUGUAAGCGACGAAGAGGCCCCUGCAGCAGCCAGCGAGUCCAAACCUUCCGCUGCUGAUGUUCCACCGGAGGAGGAGGAGGAGGAUGAGCAGCAGCAGCAGCAGCAGCAGCAGCAGCAGCAGCAGCAUCAGCAUCAAGGGGAAGAUGAGGCGGGUGAAGAGGAGGCGGUGGAAGAGGAGGUGGAGGCAGAGGAGGAGAGGGUAGAGGAGAGUAAAGAGGAGAGUAAAGCCGAGGAAAAGGAAAACCUGGCCGGAGAGAGACAGAGUGGUGACGGACAGGAGUCGACAGAUGACCCUGAAACAAAGACGGGAGGAAAACCGGGUCAGAAGCUGGACGAUGACGAGGACAGAAAGAACCCGGCCUUCAUCCCGAGGAAGGGUCUGUUCUUCGAGCACGAUGUGAGAGGAAACACUCAGGAGGAGGAGAGACCAAAAGGUCGCAACAGGAAGUUGUGGAAGGACGAGGGUCGCUGGGAACACGACAAGUUCAGGGAAGAGGAGCAGGCGCCGAAGAGCCGCGAGGAGCUCGUUGCCAUGUACGGUUACGACAUCCGGAACGGAGGCGGGCACGGGGACCGAACAUACCGUCAGCGCCGACCCAGACAGAACAUGUCUCCCAACAGAGAUAAGCGGUGGAGAGACGGAGGAGAGCGACCAGUCCGAUCCUGGCAGAGCGGCGGUGGAGGAGGAGGUGGUCUGAAUCGAGGAGGGGCUCCUCAACCUUCAUCCAAUCAUCCAUCCUCUACACCCCCUUCCUCUCUCCAUCUCUCCUCUGCUCAGCGUGGCAGCAAUCCCUCCAGACCUCCCCCUUCCCGCAGCAGACCCCCCCACCAGAGUCAGAUGCACCUUCCGCCUCAGUCCCAGUACAGGAACCACGAAUCAAAAGGACCCCAGACACAUCCCAGAGAACGCCAGGGCUCUAGAGCUCCGUCCGACCCCACAGGAGAGCGGUUCAGCAGGGGAGGGCGAGCUGGUGGGGGCAGGGGCGGUCCCUCUGUGGUCAUUGAGGAUGUUACAGUCAGCCAAGGAGGUGUUAGGGAUCAGGACCUCAGUGCUGUAACCACAGCUGUGGCAUCACAGCCUGGUGGUUACCAGUCUGCAUCGCCACGACGACAUCAGCAGGAUCAUAGAGGAAGCACGGACAGAACUGCACAAGGAUUGGCUGCUCCUUCCUCCAACACUGACCCUGCUCUGCAGUCGUCUACACCCCCAGUGACCAAUCGGGAGGCCUCCCCUCCCACAGAGCGACCCGUGGAGCGUAAAUCAUAUGCACUGGCUCGCAGGACUCGCUCCCGGCCCGCAGAUCUGGGCAGCAAACAGCCAUCUGUGGAGGAGUCUGCAGCAGGAGGGAAUGCCUCCUCCCCCAGCAGCGUGGGAGGGAAGAGCUGGGCGAGUACAGGCGACAGCUCAAGUCAGACCGGAGGAGGAGGAGGAGGAGGAGCGCUGGCAGAACUUGACCAGGACGUUGCUCGACUCAGUCUGGCAGGACAAAGCUGGAGCCAGAGCCCGACGUCCUACAUCCGCUCUGAGAUGAGAGGCCUCCCCAACACCAUGCACCUCCCCAGCGGCCCGCCUCCCUUCUCCAGCAUUGAGGAGAUAGGUGUCGCCUCCAACCGGGCCAAACGCUACUCCUCCCAACGUCAGCGAGCCGUACCAGAGCCAGCACCGCCCAUGCAUCUGGGGGUGAUGGAGGGACACUACUACGAACCAAUGUCAUACCAGGGACCAAUCUACGCCCACGGGGAAGGCCCCGCCCCCAUCCCGCCCCAAGGCAUGCUGGUCCAGCCAGAGAUGCACCUUCCCCACCCUGGUCUCCAUCCCCACCAAUCAGGUGGCCCUAUCGCUAACCCCGCCCUCUAUGGAGGCCCUCCUGUUUCCCUGUCGCCAGGGCAACCACCACAGCAGCUGCUGCCACCACCUUUCUACCCUCCACCAGGGGUCAUGACUUUCCCGUACCCCACCAUGUACCCUACUCCGCAGGCUCAGGCACAAGUGACCUACGGAGGUGUAACGUACUACGACACCAUGCAGCAGCAGGCUCAGCCCAAACCCUCGCCCCCCCGCCGCACGUCCCAGCCCGUCACCAUCAAGCCCCCUCCAGAGGUGCACUUCGUAUCAGAGUGACCUCGCCUCUCACCCCUCCCCGCCUCCCAGUCUCAGCCUCACUCUGAUCGCAAAACUACAGGAGCUGGAUGGGAGGGUCAGUGAGGAGCUGCGGUCUCCAACAGCAGCCAUCAGAUAUCCAGGGAGGGACGAGAGGACGGACUCUGCAGGUGGAAUCAGACUCUGGUUUUCUUUUCUUUCUUAGUUUUCGGGCCUGUAGCAGGCGGGUGAACCGCGCACAGACUGUUCUGUUACUCAGCGUCGGAGGUUCUGUCCCACCAACGUGUCUUUGAACCUGAAAACGUCUCUCUGAUGAGUUCAAACCCUUUAGAGCCUCUUUGAAGCAUUUACCUUCAUACAGAGUUACAAACACGGUUAGAAUCUGAGCUGUCGGGGAGGUGUGUUGGGAUCAUGUUUUUUUUUUUUUUUCCGUUAGCUCCUUUUCAUAGUGAUGUGUUCGAUUCAAACAGAAGUCAGACUGAAUCCAGGCAAUAUAAAACAGUGUGCAGACACUUUUUGUUAGCCAUUUACUUUACACUGUACAGCAGCUGUUUUUGUGACCAACAGGAGGUGAAUAGAUAUCUAUGUUAAAGCAGAGUAAAUCUACGGUUUGAGUGGUGUUUGUGUGUGUGUAGUUUGAGUGCAGGUGUCAGUGUUCAGUCUACCCGGUGCUUCCUGAAAACCUCCAGUUACUGUCAUGUUACAGUUGAAGACGGCUGCUUCUUUUUUAAAUGUUCCUCCUCAUUCACACACACACAGACGGUUUUUGAAGUUAAAGAAUCUCAAACUUAUGAUAGUUUAGGGGAUCAAACUCGGAUUAUAUAGUAAAAAAUCGCCUUCAAAUGUCCUGUUUUUGUUCUCCAAAUCUCAGAGAUUUCAGUUUACCAUCAUAAAAAAGAGAGUACUUUUGAGAAGCCGCAACCUAGUAGGAAUACAUUUGGUGAAUUGACUUCAGUAUUAAUCCGUUUUAAGAGUUGUUGUCAUUCAAUUUUCUUUGUGUGUAGAGCGUAGACGAAUCGAACAAUGGUGAAUUGUUGGCGUUCUCUGCCGUUCUCUACAUGGAGCGUUUGCUGUAUAUAUGAAUCUAAAAUGUGUAUAUAGAAGGAGCGUGAAGAGAUACAAUAGAGCAGGAAACAUAUUGUAAUAAAAGUGCUACAGAACAGUCAGCUUCUAAUUGAAGACACAUCGGCAGGGACCUCGAAUGUUAACGAUGGAUUUAAUUUAGAGAUGUAGUGACGAUAAAGAAGCAGUGUGGCUUUAGCUUUGUCUGUUUUCUGUUGUCUUUCUUUCAAAUGUCACUGUUUGAUUUGAAUACUGUUUUUUUUUUUUUGUAUUACUAGUGAAUGCAGGAGAGAAUUGAUUUCUUUGUUUUCACAUGUUUAAACCCUUAAAGGCACACUGAGGAAAGCAGUUUAUAAGAUGAAACGACUAACUCCUCCUCAACAGAUAAAUAAAAUACAUUUUCAGAGUUGGAAUUAACCCCCGAAAAUGUU